AGAAUAAAAUUAGUUGUUGUAGAAAGAUUCAUGGUAGAAAAAUACAGGUAGAUGCAUCAACGCUUGGGAGCAAAAAUUUUUAAAUUUCUUUUCAAAUAUAAGUAGAUUUUUAUAUGUUUUCUUAUACGACGUCAUUCGGAGGUUAUUAUAAAAGGCCUUUUUCAACGAUUUUUACAAAUUUAAAUAAUUUUUCAUUCAACAUUUACAAUUCCAAAAUUCGUUUGACAGUUCAUUGCCCCAGCAGCUGCGUCGAUGCGUCUACCUAUAUUCUUCUACCAUGGAAAGAUUUUUGCAUGAAUGCAAUUCCUUGAACAGAACAUUUGUGAGCGUAAUUGCAAGGUAACAAAAUCAGAGAAACGUAUGAACAUGACAUGACAUUUAACGAUAACAAUAUCCAUAUCAUAUGUGUCGUAUUUAUAUUAACUAGUUAUCGACUGCGUUAACACAUCGCUAGGAGACUUGCAAAAAACAUAUACACGAAACAAAACGGGCAAGAGUGUGAAAAUAAUUUUAUAAAAAACCCCAUGCAAAACCAAAGUGAAUUGUAAUUAAAACGGAAUAUAUCGGCAAAGAAAAACCCGAAUCAGCGUUGAUUGUUAAUCUACGGUAAAGGGCAAGGGAAAUAAUAAUUUUUUGCUAGUGCUUGUGUACAUUUUCAUAUUCCUGACAUUCCACUUGAACAAAAGAAACACUGCAAAACGCAAUAGUUGCAAAACAACAAAAAAAUAUAAUCAAUACGACAACAACAAUAAAAGAAGUAUAUAGAAACCAAAAGAAAAAACAUCAAACUUCAGUGUUAAAACAAAAUCUAAAUCUUCAGUACUUGAUUUCUACGCUUCUUCAUUUCCAUAUCUCUCCACAUACAUCACAGAACAACAAAAAAAGAGAUCCAACCAUGUCAUCGACGCCCUAUAAUUACAACUAUAUUUUCAAAUACAUUAUUAUUGGUGAUAUGGGUGUGGGAAAGUCAUGUAUUCUCCAUCAGUUCACAGAAAAGAAAUUCAUGGCAAAUUGUCCCCACACAAUUGGUGUGGAAUUCGGAACCCGUAUCAUUGAGGUAGAUGACAAGAAGAUCAAACUACAAAUUUGGGAUACUGCCGGCCAGGAACGCUUUCGUGCUGUGACACGUUCCUAUUAUCGUGGUGCUGCUGGUGCUUUAAUGGUAUACGAUAUUACCAGGCGAUCGACAUAUAAUCAUCUCAGCAGCUGGCUAACAGAUACACGUAAUUUAACAAAUCCCAAUACUGUUAUAUUCCUCAUUGGUAAUAAAUCCGAUUUGGAAAGUACACGAGAGGUGACAUACGAAGAGGCCGAGGAGUUUGCCAAAGAAAAUGGUCUAAUGUUUUUGGAGGCGAGUGCUAUGACGGGACAAAAUGUCGAGGAAGCCUUUCUGGAAACAGCACGACGCAUCUAUCAGAAUAUCCAGGAGGGACGUUUAGAUCUCAAUGCCUCCGAAUCGGGUGUACAGCAUCGUCCAUCACAGCCGGGACGAACCUCACUGACAAAUGAGGCCCCCAACAAUAAGGAUCAAUGCUCAUGUUAAGCAAAUGACGCCGCCUAACAAAUAUCUUUCUUUGUUAAUAUUAUUAGUUUCCUCCUCCCUCACACACACACACAUACACGUAUAUGCAUAUAUUUUUUAAUUUUAUUAUUAUUAUAUAUUAAUGAAGUAAUGUUUUUUGUUUGUUUGAAAGUUAUUUACACAUUGUAUAUUAAUUCUAAAAACCAAUUCAAUUUAUAUAUAUACACUCAGUUAUUCCUCCCCUGUGUUUGUCUGUGAAACCAAACAAAAGCACUUUAUUAUUAUUAUUAUUAUAAUUAGAACUAUAUAACAACUAUUUAUGUAUAAGUAUAAAAAAAUUGAUUAUAAAACAAGGUGAAAAACAAAACAACAAAAAAUCUAGAAUAUUAGUCUAAAAAAUAUACGCAUAAUAUUUAAAAUGUGAACAACAAUGAAAACAUCCAUAACUUAUAUAGUGCUCGAAGAAGUAAAACAAAAACUAAACUUUUUAGCUAAAACAAACAUUUUUCAUACAGACAAAAAUUGAAUUUCAAUCAAUUGCCAAUCAACAGCAACAAGAACGAUAACCCCAAAAUAUCAAACCAUACACUUUAUAUAGACUAGAAAUCUACUCUCGAUACUUCUUUUUCUCAAAAACAAAACACUCGUUUAAAAUACAUCACGAACAAAUAAUUUUUAAAAAAUAUAUAAAAACCAAAAUGAUAAUAAUUUAAAAAACAAA